AUGGACUUCAUCGACCGAUACAGGGUGAUGUGCGCUCUUGCAUUUUCCCGAGUGGCGACGUUGUCUGGUGACGCCGCGGGGGUCCGCGAGAAAAUGGACCUUACGAUGGCGCUGGCUCGCCACUGUAUGCUUUUCCAAGCGCAAAGCUUUAAGGGAUCCCGAGAUAUGCUGAGCAACGAUACGCUCCAGCUCAUGGGAACCUGCUACAUCCCGUCGCCUCUUGCGAGCUGGAACCGAAAUCUCAUGGGAUAUAGCAGUUCGACUGCUGAACAGCGAUGGUUGAGGACCGAUACGAGUAUCAAACACAACGACCUCACCAAGCUGUCGCCCAUUGAGUUGUCAAGGGAGGCGGUCAGCCAGGUUGAAGCUGUGAAGUUCUUCAAGGGAUUUCUGCAGCUCAGGCCGACGCUAUCGUUCAUCCCUGGAGCGUUUCUGGCGCUCAAGGCUCUUAACCGAUUUCCCACGCUGGACUCUUUGAAAGAGCAAGCAACUCACCUCGAUAACGAUCGCAAGGAACACGGCUACGAUCUUCCUGCCGUGGACGCGAACGGGAUCGGGGAAGCAGCCGCCUUUCGCAACGAAGACGACGAUGAGAAUACCCCGUUGAUGCGCGGGUGGGUCUCGUUCAUGAAAGCGAUGGUUGAGGCCUACCCCGGCCGGUGCGUUAGCAUCGAUGAUACGCUCAACUGGGGAGCCAGCACCCCUAUGACCUAUGAGGACGGUGCGGGGCAGACUACCAUCCGCCCGACUGAUGGAUGGGUGUAUGUCCCCGCGAUGAAUUCGGACAUAUACGAUCCUCAGGAAACGUUCCUUCACGGAACGAACCUCCGAUACCUCUGGUCGAUUCUUGCACACGGAGGUCUGUUCGGGGAGGAUUACGUGACGGACGAUCAUGGAAGUCACGAACCCUGCGUCUGGGUGACUGGACACGCUUCCGAGGCUGCCGGUAGCUACGCGUCUGGCACAUACCUCGGAGGAGGAUACUGGUUUCAAGUGAUGAUCUGCGUCUCCCGGACUGUGGUGAACACCCACGGUCGCACGACGAAGAAGCUGGGAGGAUCCCAGAAACAGAUCCGCGUCGGAACUCGAUUCCUCGAGCUGUGCGGGAUCGCGUUCAGGCCCUUCCGCCUUCUGGAUGACCGCGAGCAAGGGGUUUCUACCUCUCCACAAUACGUCAUCCAUGGUCACCGAUUCCUUAGUGCCGACGGGACAAAAGCUGUGGCCUGGCACCCAUGGAUGGAAGCGAGCCCGAUUGAUCCUCGCAUUCUGAAGCUGCUGGGAGAAAGCGUCGCUCGCGACAGUGUCGAGUUUGCCGACCUCACGAUUCAAGGGGGCAACACUACUCAACAGGUUGCUUCCACCGAGACGGAACAAUCUAGGGCGACCGCGGCUGACGAUCAGGCUGCGGAGGGUGGAAAUGAGGCGACGGACCGAGUCACAGUCCACCCAGCAGUGCUUCGCCGCAACCACUGGAUGCCUGACUCUCACGGGACCAGUGAAAACGCCACUGUCGGUGGCAGGUAUGCCUUGCUAUCCGAACUUCAAUCCUCCAGCUACCGAUUCGAGCUUGCUCCAUUCUUUCAGCUUCGAGCACCCAUCAUGGGAGAGGAAGGAAGCCAAGGUUUGCCAAAGCCUGCAAGGCUCGAGACGAUUGUCGGAGGACCCUCCAAGGAGUGGGAGGCAUGGUGCAGACACUACCGAAAGGCAUACGGUGUCAUGCUCGGAAACUUCGGCUACACGCCCGCCAAGAGCCUCAAGAAUAUCCCGUACAGAGAAGAAGGAACAACGGAUAUUGUUAGUGCGCCGAUUUGGAGCCCGGCCGAUGCACUUGUGGCCGUAUCGAUCCAUGGGGUCAGAACGGUCACGACCAUGGCCUCCACGAUUGUAUUUGGGGGUGCACCGCCAACGAUCAAGCCGGCGGUACCCAGCAAAUCGCAGAGAUUCGUUGUUAUGCACGAUGGCCUGCUGUCCUUCAAGUCUGCCAAAUCUUGGCAUGAUGGUGAGAUGAACGCCCAUCUGAAGAACGCGCUGACGAAUUUUGGGUUUCCUGAUUCCGAGGUGCGCGUGCAGGCGUUCGGCGAGGACAACAAGCUCAAGGAUAUGGUCGACACUCUCGCGAUGAUGCAGAGCGAGACCUCCAUCCCGCCAUCGAAUGUGCACGUCCUCAUCCUUUGGAGAGGAGAGGAUCUGUGGAAGAUAGACCAGGGCUGGAACAAGCUAACUGGCGACAUCGAUAUGGCACGAUCUCAAUAUGCCAAGACGACCGCCCGGGAUGCUCUCGAGAAGUACAAUACGAUCUACGGAUCGGUGUCCCUUUGCGGUCCGGUGUCGCCGAGCAUGGUGUACCUUCCGACUCUCCCUGGCCCUCUCUUCGAGAAAUACAGAGAGGAGAUGAGAUCGAUCUGGGACGCGAUCAGGAGAUCCAACCUCCUUACCCUGUCUUUUGACGCUAUCCUGGAAGGUCUGCCAUACCUGAAGGGAUAUCAUCUUAUGCAUGAGUCCAAGACGAUUGGGGUCCUAUGUACCCGCAUUUGCUCGAUGUUCACUCUUGCAGCUCUCGCACGAUUUCCGUCUUACGGGACCCGCCGGGAGUAUGAGAUCGCUGCCGAGAAGAUGUGGGCACGCACCCCAGUCCCGGAAGAGAACUCGCCGGGCGCGGUGAAGGCCAUUGUGCACUCCACUGUGCAGGACCUCAUCGAUGGUGCAGAUCGCGGCGCCGAUCAUCAAGCCGCAGAGACUGAACAGGGAACAUUGGCGGAUCUACCGGGUGUUCGUCAUCCGGAUCCGAUCGAGCUUCCAGCUACUCCCGUGCCUGGCGAGGCAAUGCCAGUGUCACCUGGCCUUGCUCCGACUGCCAUGAAUGAUGAAGAAUCUGGCAGCAGUUCCGAUGAGAACGAUCAGCAAGGGGAUGGUGACGCGGCGAUGCCCACAGUCAAAAAGGAGGAGUCCGAUGAAGAGUUCAAUGGGCUUCUCGAAGGAAUGACUGAGGAAUUCGCGAAAAUGCCCACUCCUCGAGAUGCCGAGCGAACUGUCGCUGCCAAUCGGGACGCUGCACGACCGCCUGCCGUGCCCUCGAUUCCUCUCUCUACGAUGAAGAAGCCGAAGCCGGUUGGUGGCGAGCAAGCCGCGGGGCCCACCGCCGACAAUCGACAAGCUUAUGCGCACUUCGAGAGCCAAGUCAGUGAAGCUGAAGCUCGCCGCGAGCAAGCUGCGGCAAUGAAAGCGCAUAUCGAUGAAGUGGCAAAGGGCGCCGCCGGUGUUGAAAAUGCCGAACAUCUUCGAUCCAUUGCCGAUGGGCUAGCCAAGGUCUUGGGCCCGAACAUGAGCGAUGACAAUGUGUUUCAGGGUGCCUUGUAUCCCCCGGGUGACUAUGCGCUUGACGCUGUCACGAACCGACUGGCUCAAGGCAGACGUCGGGUUGAAUCGAACAGCAAUCUCAUCAGGGAGAUGGCCAGCGACCGAUUCACGCCUGUGCUCAUCAACCGAGACACUGGUGAGACUGUGUCUGCCAUCGAUGCACGAUGGACUCCAGAGUAUGGAAACAGGGGGGAGCUUGAAGCUAAGGUUGGUGCGAUCAUUUCCAACCUGGAUGCAGUGGUUGCAAGCAUGUCAACCCUCCCUGUGUUCCAUCCGCACAUUCCGUCGACGUAUGGUAUGGCUCGAUCGCUUCUCAACACAUACCAGUCGUUGCAGAUUGCCAUCCGACACCGUGGCAUGGGUGCGAUGUCCUUUGAGCAGAUGGUAUUCAAACCAGAGGACCUUGAGGUUCCGACCCCCGAUGAUUGGCCGGACCUCAUCGCGCCUACCCCCGGAAAAGUCAUUCAGUCCAUGCGAGUUGCCCUGGUGAAUAACACAGCGGCGAGGUUGACGAGAGAGGACCUCAAGCUGCCGCCGGGCUUCGCCAUGCAGCGACGAGUGACCGAAUUCCGCAAGCCGGAAGAAGACCCGGUGCAGAGCCUAAUGGGGCUCACCGAUGAUUUGAGCUAUGGCACAAUUGGCCGAACUGGGGACGACAGAUUGUCCCAGCUCCAGCGCAGUGUUGCGGUACAGCUGCGAAACACUGCAGGUUUCAUUGCAAACGAGUUUCAGAGGCACGCUCGAUCUAUUGCUGCUUCCUCCUCGCGUCGCAGCGACGCCUCAGGCGCCCUGAGUAGUCAGGGCGAAGGCGCAGCGGACAACGAUCUUCCGUCCACCGAGCAGGCCAGUGCCGCUUCUGUGCGUUCAGCACCACCGCCCCCGCCAAACAUGGCUCCUCCUCCUCCGCCCACAGCGGCAGCACCUCCAAGGGCGCCCGAAGAGAGUGCAAAGGAGGAUGACGAUGACGCCAAGAUGGAUGAUGAAACGGCCGAUCAGUUGCCUGAGCAGAAACCCGAGGAGGACGCUGAUAUGGGUGGCGGAGAGGAGCUGAAAGACGAGGUCCCCGGCAAGGCCCCGCCACCAGCUGCCCGAACCGCUGAGAACCCUCCGGAAACAGGCGUGCGUUCCAGUGCUAGGGGACCGGAAGUCGAUGUUGAUCCGGCCAGCACCACAGCCGAUCAGGCGGCAAAUGAUCCGAGAAACUGCCGGAUCGAGGGCCCUGGUAUCAAGGCGACAACGAUUCAUCGCCCUGAUCAGCUGCCCGAAAGGGGUAUUGACUCCAUUGCGCCGAUCGUGCAGUACGAAAUGACGUCUGUCCCGAUUGCACUGCCAGAUUUCGUCGUUCCGGGACUCGACAUGGGCAUCGAUGACUCCGUCCAUGGUCGAUUGGUCUCUGCGACCUGUCUCCCACCGACUGACGAGCAGCGCAAGUAUUCAAGACGCCGAUUUGCUAUGCUGUCCUCGAAUCAGACAGUGUACUUGGGUAUGGCGCUUCACAAGAAACCGCUUAAAGGAGAACACGAUUCUUUCCUCCGACCGGAAUCUUAUGAGGACUGCCGCGAGAUCCAUGAAGCUGUCCGAGCCUACAAUGCCAAGGAGGCGACAUACCGAUCUAUCGGCGGAACAUCAGUGUCAUGCAGCCGAUUGCUCAUCGAUGACGCACAAAAUAUCCCUGCUGCCAGGAUUCCGGACGCAGGCAUGAUCAGUUUGGUGCGUAAGCUGCUGUUCCGAGUGCUGACGCAAACAAAGGAGUAUCCCUCCUCGACUGCCGUCGGAGCACAGAAUCGCCCCCAGGACAAAGAGAGGGGCGUCCCAUUGUAUUCUUUCCUCGACCAGAGUGGCAUCAUCGCUUUCGAUGUCAUUCCGAUGUACAUGGAACGCGAGAGGGAAUACAUGAAGGCCAACGCUGGCGAGUUCAGCGGCCGGACGCUUCUCCAGACUAGCAUUCUGGACGAUGACGAUAAGCCGAGUGAGCUCACCGUCCAGUGCAUUACGGAAAUUGCUCGAACGGACAACAACCGAAUGUUUGAGUUCUUCUACUCGACGAUCAACGACGAUGGAAGUCCUCAAUUUGUUGGCAUCCGAGCAACCUAUGGUUUCGGUCCCGAUAACUUCAACCGAUUCCGACUGCUGACCAAGUGUCAGCACGGGCCAUUCACUCAGCUCGCUCAAGAACAUUAUGUCAAUGGCGAGAGGAGACGAAAUGUGGCCCGAUAUCAUCCCCAGUACGGAUGGGGAUGCGCAACGAUUCGCGAGUUCUUCGGAUACAUGAACGAUUGCAAGCUCAAUCCCCCAAAGGGGCAGCUCUUCCUCACACUGCUCCCGUAUGCCCCUGGAUCUGGGAAGAACAACGAGUGGGAAGAGGUGUACAUGAACGUCCGAAUGAACCCGGGACGUGAGGCGCUCUCGAACACCGCGUCAUCACAAAGCAUGCUCCCCGAAGGUAUGGGAUCCAACCGCAUGAUUGUGUUCGCGGUUGAUUUGCACAUGAUUGCAGCAGGUAUCAAUCCGAUUACAUUCCAUCCGAGAGGGUACUAUGCGAUCAAGGACAGUAUCCCUCUCGCAUGUAUGCCGAUUGCAUACUUCAUGGAUACGGGAUCUCUAGUGUUCAACACGGCCUUCAAAUACAUCGGAGGCCCGAAGUUUGGCACUGGACCCAAGAGGGGAGACCACAGACGAGAAACGUGGCCACUCGCUAGCUUCGACUGCCCCAUGUGCGGAGCUUCAUUCCCUGUUGGUCUCCACAUGUGUCACUCUUGCACUAAGCCGAUUCACUAUCCUGAUGGGAUGUUCUACGCCGAUCCUGUGAACCCCUUCCAGGUCGAAUAUUACGGAAGUCAUGCUGAGUGGCUCAAUGAUCUGAUCGAGCGAAACAAGCUUACCGAAUUCCAGCUUCACGAGUUUCCUGCGAUCAAGCAGCUGAGGAAUUUCCCGGUGUCUAGGUCUCUCGCUGAGGACCAUAGGCAGACCGCAUUCUUCGGAGUGCCACCGAUCAAAUGCACCGCUGCUGACACAUCGCCGAAGGAAGUGGAACUGUUCAAGAGAAGCGUGCGCGGUACGAUUCAGGGCGCCAUUCGCUUGGACAUUUCCAUUGAGAGGCUUGUUGCCGGUAUCACUGGCAAGGAAGCUCGAUGUGGAGUAGAAGACUUCUUCAACUCACAGUCGAUCGCAUGUGCUGCCACGAUUGUCAAGCACUUUGGAGCGGUCUUCGCCACAUGUCGCGAAAAGCCGUUGUGCUACUAUGCACGUUGGUCGAUUCACUGCCAGCGCGCAUAUCGAGUCUGCCUGUCGCGAGGGUAUCUAUCCCCCUAUUACACAGGUGUGACGGUCGAUUAUACCAUCGACCAAGAGAUGGCAGAAAAGAUCCGACUUGCUCAUCUGCCCUUGCAAAACGCCAAUUUGGCGAUGAGGCGGCACAUUCGACUCUCCACCGAGUUUGGAACGUUGGAUGAAUUCCGUGCCACUAUCACGGAUACGCAAAAGUAUCAACGAUACAUGCGUGUCGACAGUGAGAGCCUUUCCGCGCUCCUGGCCAAGGUUACCCUUACCACAUGCUACGGCAUUCCGACAAAAGGUGAGCCUGGCUAUAUCUCUGACGAUGAAGCAGAAGAGAUCGAAGGAGCCGCAGCGGCAAGCGAGAAGCCCAAAGGGAAAGGCAAAGGGGAAGACGAAUCCAACGUCCAAGCCAUCAACUGGCGUGAGUUGGAUCCCUUAGGACGGAAACUUAUUCCGCAUCACUCUGAUCCCCGAUUCACGAUUAUUGCUGAGGGGAAUACGGCACUCCUUGAUGCAGCCGAAACGCCGGAAGAGACGCGUAAGGAAUUCAAGGAGUUCGUUCGCGAUCACUCUGUCAAGAUCAAAGAAUGCUUUGACGAUGAUCGUGCGACAGAGAAGACAUUCUUCAAUCUUGUUGAAGGAGUCAAGGAUCAGCUUCCCGAUGCAAAUAGCACUGACCCGCUUCUGAUGAAAAGGGCUGAGGACGUCUUCGAGGCUCUCCCCGAUGAACUGGAUGAUCCUCCGAGAGUGUUCGAUGUUGCGGCUCGCCAGGCACGACGGCGAGACCCUGCACCUCAGCGCAGAGUGCAGGUCACCGAGCAAAGACAAGCGCCGAUUCCCGAGGCUCAUGCCGUUCCCAUUCCUACGGAUGACGAGGAUGAGGAUGAUACUGAGCUCGAUCGAGCGGUACGACCCGAUCCAACAUCACGGCGCACCGGACGAGAGCAUCUCGGAGGUGUCGCUCCCGAGACGACUCCGCCACCGCCUCAUAACAUGCCGCCGCCAUCAAAUUUGCCGACUCGAAAAUCCCAUCGGCAAACAGGCUACAGCGCCGCCCAUCCUGAUGGAGAACCGUUAAUGGUGUCGGGGAGGGCAGAAUACUCCGAUCGAAUGCGGUUGCCCUCAGUGUUGCGAAUGAAGACUCGGGUUCCGGAGUCGGAUCUGGAUAACCCGACGAUUGAGGCGGCGGCUCUUAGCUGCGGCGGUGCAAUCAGCGCUUGUGAGGCAAUCAGCGCGUGUGAGGCGGCGGCUGCGGCAACCAGUGCUUGUGAUGCGACGGCUGGUGGCGGCGGAGCCUCAGACGGUGCAGACGGGGUUGCGGCUGAUGCCGGCUGGGCCCGCGGCACUGCGCUUCAAGGUGACAGUGACGCCUUUGUUCCGAGGAACCUGGAACCUGGCUGGGUGUCGAUCAUGACGCUAACGACGGUUGACGAAUACACGGCUUUCGCGGACAAUCGCUGCAACUUCAGCCUUGCACAUUGUGACGGGCCUACCCCUGAGCUCGAAAGAAGACCCGCUGAAGGGCAAAAAUACCAUGUAGUGUCUGCUUCUGUCUCUCUUCGGGGGCCCUGCUGGGCCGAUGGGCGAGGCAGUGACGCAAUCAGCGCAGGUGCGGUGGCGGCCGCUGCAAUCAGCGCUUGUGGUGAGGCGACCGGUGGUAGUGGGGCCACCGAUGAGGCCUACGCCGUUGCUGCUGUCGGCCGUGCUUGUGGCAUUGAUGCCGAGGGCGGCAAGGUUGCCACGUGUGCCUGCAAAGCUAUCGCCGGCAAAGGUGACUGUCAGGAGACUGCCGCACUCAGUGCUUGCGACCUUGAAAUCACCAGGCUGCAGCUGUCUUCGAGAGCGGCGAUGGCAAUCUCAGGGUCGGCCACCGCUGCGCGCGAGGCAGGUGCAAUCAGUGCUUGUGAGGCUGCUGACGCCCGAAAUGGUGGCGGUGGCGGCGCAAUCAGUGCUAGUGAGAGUGCCGCAUGUAACAGUGAAGGCAUUAACUUUGUCUGCCAUGAGCUCGCUGCCAGGGCCGACGACUGUUGUGAUUUCGACCUCGACGAGUUCGUGCCUGGUGAGCGGUUUAGGUUUUGCUCCCCUGACGGGCCCACCCAAGGGCUCGAAACAAGAUCCUUUCAAGGACCAAGAUGCAGUUGUGACGGGCCCGUCCCAGAGCUCGAAAGAAGACCCGCUGAAGGGCAAAGAUCUCACUUGAUGAGCUCCCGAGUCCCUCUAUGUAGCCCUACUUGGGCUCCCCAGGCCCUCCCUGCCUCGCAGUGCCUUCGCCAUGGAAUUGCUGAGGAUGGGCUUUCGAUGAGCUUGAAGGGCGAGGUGAACCUGACGGGCGAGCUGCCCGGACGACGUGGUGGCAGCACCUUGCUGGACGACUGCGACUGCGGCGACGACUGCCAAAUGCCUGCCUUUCCCUCUCCUUGA